CUGCAUCGAUUACAUAUAUGUCAGUAAAAAUGCAUAUAAAUGAUUUCUCAACUGUGACACUGUAUGCAUCACUUAGAGACUGAUGUAUAGAUUCAUUGCUUGAACCCGACUGCUGCAGAUAUGACAGAUAAGGUGUUAUUGAUAGGCAGUGGGGGACGGGAACAUGCCCUGGCCUGGAAGCUCGCUCAAUCUAGGCACAUUCAACACAUUUAUGUUGCCCCUGGUAAUGCUGGAACACAGGGGGAUAAAAUAUCAAAUAUAGGUUUGAAUGUAAAGAACUUUGAUGUGGUAUGUGAUUGGUGUAAAGAGAACAAGAUUGAUCUAGUUGUGGUAGGACCCGAGGAUCCAUUAGCCAAUGGUAUAGCAGAUACACUCGGUGCAAAAGGAAUACCAUGCUUUGGUCCAAGUGCUAAGGCAGCACUAAUAGAGGCUAGUAAGGAAUUUUCAAAAUCAUUCAUGCAGAGACACAACAUACCAACAGCCAGGUGGUCAGCGUUCACAGAAACUAGUAAAGCAUGUGAAUAUAUUAACAUGGCUGACCAUGAUGCCCUGGUUGUGAAGGCAAGUGGCUUGGCUGCAGGGAAAGGAGUAAUAGUGGCUAAAGACAAGAAGGAAGCCUGUGAUGCAGUGAAGUCUAUCCUAGAAGACAAAACAUUUGGAAGUGCUGGUCAAACAGUAGUGAUAGAGGAGCUCCUUGUUGGAGAGGAGGUUUCGUGUCUUGCAUUCAGUGAUGGUACCAACAUAGCUGUGAUGCCUCCAGCCCAGGACCAUAAACGUUUACAAGAUGGCGACUUGGGACCUAACACAGGGGGCAUGGGAGCUUACUGCCCGUACCCACAUUUGAGUAAUGAGGACCUUGAGAUCAUACAGAAAGACUGUCUCCAGAGAGCCGUGGAUGGCAUGAAAGAAGAGGACAGGGAAUACAUAGGUGUCUUGUAUGCUGGUAUCAUGUUGACCAAGGAUGGGCCGAAGGUGCUGGAGUAUAAUUGUCGAUUUGGAGAUCCAGAAACUCAGGUUUUACUGCCUAUGAUGUCCAGCGACUUAUAUGCUACUAUCAUGGAAUGUGUAAAUGGUGAUGUCUCCUCAUGUCUCCCAAAGUUCUAUACAGACAGAUGUGCAGUAGGGGUGGUGAAGGUCAGUGGUGGCUAUCCUGCAGCGUACCCCAAGGGACUACCCAUAACAGGUAUUGAUAUUGUACGUGAAGAUCUCAAACAGUUAGUCUUCCAUGCUGGUACAGCUAUGAAAGAUGACCAAAUAGUGACGUCAGGUGGCAGAGUUCUGGCAGUUGUUGCCAUGGAUUCCGACUUGGCAACAGCAGCAAAACAAGCCCAACUUGGAGCUGAGGCUAUUAAGUUCAAGGAUGCAUUCCAUAGAAAAGACAUUGCUCAUAAGGCCAUAUUGAGAAACCAAGACAAAGGAAUCAAGUUAACUUAUAAAGACUCUGGAGUUGAUAUAAGUGCUGGGGACAGUUUUGUUGAAGCCAUCAAGCCAGUUGCUAUGGCAACAAGUCGUCAAGGUUGCGUUUCUAAGCUAGGAAUGUUUGGAGGCAUAUUUGACUGUAAGGCGGAAGGUUACAAAGAUCCACUCCUAGUUUCAGGAACUGAUGGUGUAGGAACCAAACUCAAGAUAGCUAAUAUAUGUAAGAAGCAUGAUACUAUAGGGAUUGACUUGGUUGCUAUGUGUGUGAAUGAUGUGCUAGCUCAUGGUGCCGAACCACUGUUCUUCCUGGAUUACUUUGCAUGUGGCAAACUGGAUGUGGCAACUGCAAGAGAUGUCGUAGCUGGAGUUGGUAAAGGCUGUCAACUUGCUGGCUGCGCAUUACUAGGUGGUGAGACAGCUGAGAUGCCUGGAAUGUAUGCUGAGGGUGACUAUGAUCUGGCAGGCUUUACAGUUGGUGCAGUAGAGAGAGACCAAUAUCUUCCACGUAUCAAUGACAUCACACAAUCUGACAUUGUUAUUGGUGUAGCCUCAAGCGGUAUCCAUAGCAAUGGUUAUAGUCUCGUAAGAAAGGUUGUUGAUAGCUGUGGUUUAUCUUAUACAACACAGUGUCCAUGGGAUGAGACACAAACCUUAGGUGAAGGUCUACUAACCCCUACCAGAAUUUACAGUAAGACUGUCCUCCCCUGUCUGCGCAGUGGUAAAGUGAAGGCCUUCGCUCACAUCACAGGGGGAGGCCCAACUGGUAAUAUACCCCGUGUUUUACCAGACAAUCUUGCAGUAGAGAUAGAUGCCCGAAAGUGGACUAUACCCUCUGUUUUUGGCUGGCUUAUGACUCAGGGUAAUAUUGAAGCUGGUGAGAUGUCCAGUACAUUCAACUGUGGGCUAGGUGCAGUCCUGAUAGUAUCCAAAGCACAUGUAGAUGAUAUACUCACCAUGCUAGCAGACAACAGUGAAACAGCUUAUAACAUUGGAACAGUAGUCAACAAAUCAACAGAUGCUGUGACUAUUCACAACCUAAGUACAGAGCUCGAGAAAUGCUCCCCCAAGGCCAAUCUUAAGCACAAGGCUUCCAAUGGAUUACAUGUAGCAGCUAAGAAACAGAGGAUUGUACAGAAAAUGAAAGUAGGAGUGCUUAUUUCUGGGACAGGAACCAACUUACAAGCUCUGAUAGACCACACCACCAAGACAGACAGUGCAGCAGAGAUAGUCCUGGUUGUAUCCAAUGUACCAGGAGUGAAGGGCCUUGACAGAGCAAAGGCUGCAGGUAUCCCAACCAAGGUGAUACCUCACAAAGGUUUCAAGAGUAGGGUGGAAUUUGACAAUGCAAUACAAGUAGAGUUAGAACAAGCUGAAGUUCAACUUGUCUGUCUCGCUGGAUUCAUGAGGAUAUUAUCAGGUCAAUUUGUGAAGCGAUGGAACGGCCAUUUGUUGAACAUCCACCCUUCCCUCCUGCCAUCUUUUAAAGGAAUGAAUGCUCAUAAACUGGUAUUAGAAGCUGGAGUGAGACUAACAGGCUGCACAGUCCACUUUGUUGCUGAAGAGGUUGAUGCUGGAGCUAUUCUGGUGCAGGAAUCGGUACCAGUGUAUCCAGGAGACACCAUUGAAACACUACAGGAGAGGGUCAAAACAGCUGAGCAUCAUGCCUAUCCUAGAGCCCUAGAACUAGUUGCCUCUGGAGAAGCAACACUCAAAGACAAUAACAAAGUUGAAUGGACUGCUCCCUCAUAAGGUGCAACUUAUUGGAACAUGCAACUGCUUAAAUGGAAUUUGAAAUUACAAUGUACUAUCUUUGAAACUACAUUUCUAUUCAGCAUUGCUACCCAAUAUUCCAUGGGUGUCUCCGUAGUACUACUACUACUUUAUUUAGAUGACUGAUAUUUAUGCUUUUGUCGGAUAAAGAUCUCAAUUUAUGUUAGACAUAAGAUCUCAUUGUAUGUAGACAUAUUUUUUGUCUCACAUGAUGAACCUAUGGAAUUAUCCACUCAUCCUUAUGUUAUGUCAGUCUCCACCAAUAAGAGGUCAUAUACAUAUUGUUGUUACAGCCAUUGUUUUUGAGACCAACAUCAGUUUGUAACAUAAUAACUAGAAAAACAAGCAACUCCCUGGACAAGCAAAUCCUGCUGAACAAAAUGUAUUUCAUCAAAUCACUUGUCAUUCUGAACAUGAUAGAAACAACCAAACAGUUUUGCCAAAAUAUACACCAAUUAAUGGGACAUGGUUCCAUAUUAUAAAUUCCGUAUCGAGUAGUGGUCAUAUAAAGCC